AAAAAAAACGUACACGCAAGUAAAAAGAGAAAACGCAAAAUCGGCGCGUCGGGGGCCGAUCGGUGGUGUCUCUUCUUAUCCGAUUAUUUUGAGGAUUCUCGAAUUUGCGCAGCGCAAUCGCACGUUAUUGGAUCCGUCGCGUUGUUCUCUAACAUUACGCAACGCAAUACAUUUUUCACACGAAAUUGCACAGUUGAAAUAACAGUUAAUUUGUGCGUAUGUGGAUGUGUGUAUGUGUAUGAGUGUAUGAUCCUCUACUCUCUCUUCCGCAUAACAAUCGUCGCAAGCGACGAAAACAAUAAGCGCGAAGACUCCGAGGGGCAUUUGAAGUGACACCAAGAUAACUCGCAUCAUCGAUACUUUUGCGAGCGCAGUUGCAAGAGUGAAGAUUUAUCUGCUGCUGCGAUAAAACAAGAAAAAAAACUUUGAAUUUUUUAUCCAAGAACACCACCGCCGGUUCGACAAGUGUUUACACGAGGAAGUGCUUUGAAAAAGUGCCCUGUGAACUUUUGCGGCGCGACAAUUUGCGAGCGUGACGAUGCACGUCGUUUGCACGGCAGUCGCGAGCGCAUCGUCGUCGAUCGUCUGAGUCGCGUCUGACACGACUUCGCGUAUUAAAUUUCUGUUUUUCGAAUCGGAACUUUGCGUGAAGACGAAAUCGGCAGCGAUUUUCACAUCGCGAUGACGUGCGUACCACGUCGAGCUUGCUGUCUGCGCUUUGCCGGCUGAGAGCUUUUAUCAAUUUGCCAACCGCAAAAAUUGUGAACCGAGCUAGAAACUCCGCGAGAGUCUCACCCCCGAGAGAGACAGACGCGCUUUCUCCGCAAGCUUCACAAACAAAAGACGGUGUUGAGGAAAGAUGACGGGAAGCAGUAACAACGAAAUGGGUCAGAAGGUGACGUCGGGAGUUCGUGGCGACGGUAAGAAGCACACGGUCCAUUGGUUCCGCAAGGGACUCCGGCUGCACGACAAUCCCUCGCUGAGAGAGGGUCUCGCUGGCGCGUCCACAUUUCGGUGCGUCUUCGUGUUAGAUCCUUGGUUCGCUGGAAGUACCAAUGUUGGUAUCAAUAAGUGGAGGUUUUUGCUGCAGUGCCUGGAGGAUCUGGAUUGCUCCCUGAGGAAACUGAAUUCCCGGCUGUUCGUAAUUCGGGGUCAGCCGGCCGACGCGCUGCCGAAACUCUUCAAGGAAUGGGGCACGACGAAUCUGACCUUCGAGGAGGAUCCGGAACCGUUCGGUCGCGUGCGCGAUCACAACAUUUCGGAACUCUGCAAGGAGCUCGGCAUCUCGGUUGUCCAGAGAGUCUCGCACACUCUUUACAAACUGCACGAAAUCAUAGAAAGAAACGGUGGGAAACCACCGUUGACGUAUCAUCAGUUUCAAAAUAUCAUUGCCGGUAUGGACCCGCCGGAAUUACCGGCGCGAACAGUGACUGCCGCCUGCAUUGGCAACGCUUACACUCCCCUCAAGGACGAUCACGACGAUCACUACGGUGUACCAACCUUGGAAGAACUCGGUUUUGACACGGACGGAUUGUUGCCGCCGGUGUGGGUCGGCGGCGAGAGUGAGGCCCUGGCGCGGCUCGAGCGUCAUCUCGAAAGGAAGGCGUGGGUGGCCAGUUUCGGUAGACCGAAGAUGACACCGCAGUCCUUGCUGCCGAGUCAGACCGGACUCUCGCCUUAUCUACGAUUUGGUUGUCUCAGCACGCGACUGUUCUAUUAUCAACUCACUGAUCUCUACAAGAAGAUAAAGAAAGCGGUGCCGCCGCUGUCGCUGCACGGACAGCUUCUCUGGCGCGAAUUCUUUUACUGCGCCGCGACGAAGAAUCCGAAUUUCGAUCGGAUGCAGGGCAACCCGAUCUGCGUGCAGAUACCGUGGGACAAAAACGUGGAAGCCCUCGCAAAAUGGGCAAACGGCCAGACCGGAUUUCCGUGGAUCGACGCGAUCAUGACUCAGUUACGGGAGGAGGGCUGGAUACAUCAUUUGGCGAGACAUGCAGUGGCUUGUUUUCUAACCAGAGGCGAUCUUUGGAUCUCAUGGGAGGAAGGGAUGAAGGUGUUCGACGAGCUUCUGUUGGACGCCGAUUGGUCCGUCAAUGCCGGCAUGUGGAUGUGGCUCUCGUGCAGUUCAUUUUUUCAACAAUUUUUCCACUGCUACUGUCCCGUGCGAUUUGGCAGGAAGGCGGAUCCGAACGGCGAUUACAUCAGACGCUACCUACCGGUGCUGAAGAACUUUCCGACGAGGUACAUUCACGAACCGUGGAACGCCCCGCUCAGCAUACAGCACGCAGCCAAGUGCAUAAUCGGCAAGGAGUACUCGCUCCCGAUGGUGAACCACAGCAAGAGCUCGCGCAUCAACAUCGAGCGAAUGAAGCAAGUGUACCAGCAGCUGAACAAGUAUCGCGGUAACGGAGCUUCGUUCAAAGGAGAAAACAUUGAUGCGAUAUGUUGUCAAGAUAAAACCGUGGAUAAACUGAUGCUUUGUGUAAAGGCUUGCUGACCGCAUUACUGGCGCCGUCAGCAAAGGCCAAUGAAGAGAGGAGGAAAGAAGAUUCGCCGAAUCGGGAGAAAGAACUGAAGAG